AUGUAUACUCAAUCACGGCCGAGAUCAGAAUCAGUCGUAUUACCUAUUUGCUGUUCGUUCCAUGUAGCCAGUGAUUUUCAUGUGAAGGGAGUUUGUUUCGAUUUGCUUUUGAAAGAAUUUUUAAAAUUUCAAAAUGUUCUGGAUGAGCUUGACCACUGGGCGCUGCGACCAAGCAAGUUCCCAUCCCGAUCCCAUUUCCCAUUUCGGAUUAAUCUUCAAAAGCGGGUCAUUUGCCAUCUAAAACCGAUUUCCGUGGCCGAAAUAAAUCGAGCCAGGAUUAGGGCCUGUGGUCGCCCCAUUGUUCCAGAUGGAAGUGUAAGGCGCUGUCAUAUAAAAAGAUUUUAAAAGGAGAGUUCGUUUAGGUGGGCUUUCCAAGUUCUUCAACGUUUAACCUAAAAUGACACAGAAACAUUAGCAGUUCC